UUUUGAUCCUUAGCAAAAUAUCAAGAAGAGUAUAAGCUUGCGGCACGAUGACACAGCGACUGAAUUUGCCUCAUAUAUUGCAGAAUCAGCUGCAGAACGAACCCCGUGUGCAGGGUGGGGGGAUUUUUAAGCUGGGCAACAAAAGAGAUAAGACCGCCAUGAAGAUCAAACCGAAGGAACAGAUUCCCAAUGAUACCUAUUUUUCCGAGAAGCCGGAUGUGAUCAAGACCUUUGAUAAAAUGGUGUCGACCAUACACUCCACCAUGAAGGCUACUCAACCGCCGCGGAGAGCAAUUCCCACGAUACCAGCGCCCAUAGCUGUGAUUCCGAAUGCACCACCACAGAAAACUUUUCGGAAGCGCAGCAAGUCAGUACGCAGCAGGUCCCUCCGCAGUAGAUCCGCCUCGCGCGGCAGGUCUGUGACGCGCAGCAGGUCCUCGCGCUUCAAAGGAGGCGGCAGUUCCUCAAACCGGGGCAGUACCACGGGUGUGGUGACGACUGGCAAUUCGAAAAACCUUCCCCUUUCGGCCAUGAAGGCCGAUCUGGACCAGAAGGUAAUGGUAAUGAUGCGGCGCGGAUUGAACGAUACUGGUGGCAAGAGUUUCCACAAUCAGCGUCGCAUUCGAGAGGUGUUGCAGCAGAAGGUAAUGCUGGAGCAAAUGCUGUUGCAGCACAAGAGACUGCAGCGCGACAGGCAGACCAUAGCUCUGGACAUACAGCGGAUGCGUCACGAUCUGGAAAAGAUCCGACACAAGUUGGAUACGUCGCUCCAGGGCCUCACAGCUACUCGCACUAUCACAGGCACCAUAGCGAAGGCUAAGAAGAACUCAGGCAUUAAGGUGGUCUCUUUGGCCUCGGGUCGGCGACCGUUCAGUGCUGCCUCUCCGGGUCGCCGACCUUUCAGGAUUGCUUCACCGGGCCGUCGACUGAUGAAUGCUGCUUCUCCCAGUAGCCGAUCGAGUGGCAUCGUUCAUAAGCGUCGAAUGUCAGAUCGCUCGCCAUCAAAACGCCGCGGGUCAGGGAAAAAUUUCUAGGACUUAUGCUAUUCUCUAAUAUUAGCUGGGAGUCUCAAAAACAAACUUUACUUUAAACAAAUCACGGCUCUGAAAUCUAUUAAAUAAAAUUAGCACAGAUUAGCAAUCAA